AUGAACUCCGAAGAAUUCCUAACCAAUGCCGAAGGCGGCAUCGUGCCAGUGACCUGCCACGAGGAUAUCUUACGAAUCGCAUUCAUCUAUCUAGACGAGGGCCUAUGGAAUGGCAACGGGGUAUUCGACGUUAUAGAAAAGCUACACGCACACGGCUGGUCCUUCGGCGAGUGCGAACUACGCUUUAAUCGUACCCUGGAUAUAUUCUACCUCGCACAACUGGCAGCAGCCAUUUACCGCUACACCUCCCAACUGGAAGGUGACUUGCCCUCCUUCUCCGAUUUUCCUACCUUCUACACAGCCCACCACGCCCUUCUGCACUCCUCCGUCUGGCGCUCCUACUACUCUACCCACUUCCUCACCCAGCGCACUACAGCGUGCUUCUACCGCCUGCCUGAUCUCCAGGACCUGCCCGACUCUUCUUCCCCGCUAUGCCAGCCGUGCCGUAAUCCGGUGUCCGCGCAUGUCCUGAAACGACCCCGCUGGGCUUAUACGGUUGGGUGCACGCGCUGUAGGCAGCCUUUUCUGUCAUUUGAGACUCUUACGGCUGUAGCUCUCAGUACGUUGGAGUUCAACCCCAGCGCGGCACCUGAUUCGGAAUCACAUGCGCGCUUUUGGCUUGACUAUUUUACUUUUAAUAUAUCUCGUUCUUACCUGGGUAAGAUAAUUCCUUGGGAAGAAUGGAUGCCUAAUUGCUUUGGGAUAUCGGUUGCGCAGGGGAAGUAUGAUAUACACAGGUUGGAAGCAGAGUACCUCGCACAGGUAUCGGGGGAAGAGAUUGUCGAGGGAGAUGGCGAGUCGGAGCAGGUGAUGUGGUGUGGGUUGCCGGAUGGAGGGAUUGGAGUACAGGCGCGGUGGAGGGGGUGGGAGGAAGAGAUCGGGAGUGAGGAGGAGGUGAAGUUCCUAGCCGCUGUUGCGGUGGAGGAGACAGUUGGACUUGGACUAGGGCUAGAGGGAAUCGAGAUGGAUGAAUUAGACCUGUCAAUCCGGUCACAUAUACUACUAGCAGUUAUGCAUGCUGCGGUGAAGGACAGAGAGGAGAAGGAGCGUUUCCUGGGGGAGCUGGAGAGGCAGAUGGUGCAGAAGGGGAUAAUUGGCAAAGAGAGGGCAGGGAGUUGGAUCAGGGAGGCCUUGGGGAUCAUGGAGCCGUAUGUAUGCGUAUGGCAGGGUGUAUGGCCUGGUGAAGAGGAGAGGGGGGAGAUGCUCCGGCGGAUCUUGGUGGAGAAUGCGCAGCUCUUUGCACGUUGGAGGGUGUCACCUCUUUCGCAGCAGUUCACUUUUGAGCUGGGGCCGAAGGAGUCAGGGAUUUAG